AUGACUGCCACCGUCACGCUCGAGAACCUGCCAGAGCUCCUCAGGGACGAUGACCGUGUCCAGGUCGCAAUCGUCGACAUUGACGGCGUCAUGCGCGGCAAAAUCAUGGCCAAGAACAAGUUCCUGUCGGCGGCAAAAGAUGGCUUCGGCUUCUGCUCGGUCGUGCACGGCUGGGACCUCCACGACAAGCCGUACGAGCCCGAGCUGUCGGUCUCGAACCUCGCCAACGGGUACCGCGACCUCGUCGCGCGUGUCGACCUCGAGACGUACCGCCGCACCCACACGACGCCGUCGAUCCCGCUCUUCCUGUGCACGCUCCUCGACCCCGAGACCAAGGAGGGCAUGUACGCCGACCCGAGGGCCGUCCUGCAAAAAGUCGUCAAGGACCUCGCGACCGAGGGCUGGGAGGCCAUGGCCGGCGCCGAGUUCGAGUACUUCCAGUUCAAGGAGACGCCGACGUCGCUGUACGAGAAGGACUUUCACAACUUGACGCCGCUCACCAAGGGCAUGCACGGCUACUCGGUCCUGCGGCCCGAGGUCAACGGCGCCUACUUCCACGACCUGUUCGACAACUGCGCCACCAUGGGCAUCCCGAUUGAAGCAGGCCACCACACCGAGACGGGCCCGGGCGUGUUCGAGUCGGCGCUCGCCUACUGCCCGGCGUCGCGCAUGGCCGACAAUGCCGUCUUGUUCAAGCACGUCGCGCGCACGACCGGCCUCCAGCACGGCAUCGUGCCCACCUUCAUGGCCAAGCCGUACGGCGACCAGCCCGGGUGCAGCGGGCAUGUGCACCUGAGCUUGCGCGACAAGGAGGGCAAGAACGUGUUUGCGGUCGGUGCCGACGAGGUCGAGAAGGGGAGGGAGGGCGCGCCUUACGAGGACGUCAAGCGCAUCAGCCAAGUCGGCGAGUGGUUCCUCGCCGGCAUCCUCGACGGUCUGCCCGACAUUAUGCCCUGCCUCGUCCCGACCGUCAACGGCUACAAGCGCCUCGUCGAGUCGUACUGGGCGCCGACGACCGUGUCGUACGCGUACGAGUCGCGCCUCGCCUCGGUGCGCGUCAUCAGCCCGCCGCUCGGCGACGCAAAGGGGACGAGGCUCGAGGUUCGGGUCCCGGGAGCCGAUAUGAACCCAUACCUCACGUUCGCGUCGCUCCUCGCCCUCGGCCUGCGCGGCAUCCGGCAGCAGCUCGCGCUCCCAGGUCCGCCCGUCGGCCCGCGCACGGACCGCGCGUCGCUUGAGCGCCUGCCCAAGAGCCUCGACCGCGCCGUCGAGCGCAUGCUGCGCGAGGGGAGCGUCGCGAGGGAGGCGCUCGGCAGGGAGACGGUCGAGCAUCUUGGAGCGACGAGGCAAAACGAGUGGGAACUCUUCUCUCAGGCCGUGACGAAUUGGGAACUCAAGCGCUACCUCGAGCUCGCGUGAGUGUGGAGCUGAGGAGCUGGACGGACGACGGCGGGGUCGUAUAGCUGACGAGGUGCGAGCGGGAGGAGGUCCGAGUAGCUGAGCCUGUAUCAUCAUUUUUCUCCG